AUGGCACUUUGCGGGCAAUUCCUGCUUCCGCUCUGCUGCUUGGCCUGGCUGGGUUUGCCCACGAGCCUCGGGGAGGCUCAGCUUGCAGCUGGCGCGAGCUGGGGGUCUGAGGCCGACCCUUGGUCCUUGCUGCAGCCCGUGGAUGGGGCCGACAGGUCCGGCCUCCUGCCCCCUCUCUUCAAGGUCCUGUCCGACAGGCGGGCCAAGGCCCCGAGGCUGCAGCCUGACUCCAGGGCCCUGCAGUUCAUGAAGAGGCUCUACAAGACCUACGCCACCAAGGAGGGCGUCCCCAAGCCCAGCAGAAGUCACCUGUACAACACCGUCCGCCUCUUCAGCCCCUGCGCCCAGCCCAGGCAGCCUCCGGGGGGCCGGGGGACGGGCCUCCCGCCUGAGGACCUGGCGUUUAGCCUGGACCGGGUGACGGCCGCGGAGCGCCUGCUCAAGUCCGUGUUGCUCUACACCCUGGACAGCUCCGUUUCGCUCGCCUCGGCCGCCUCGUGUGCGUGCAACCUGCUGGUGACGGAGCCCACCUCUUCUGGCAACGCUGCCCCACGGGCACCAUACCCCUUGACCUUGAGGAGCCACCGAUGGAUUGAGAUCGACGUGACCUCCCUGCUGCAGCCUCUGGUGGACUCGAGCCAGAGGAGCGUCCGCCUGUCCAUCAACUUCACCUGCACCAAGGGCCAGGGCGCCAGGGACGGUGUGUUCAGCGUGGCUCUCCCGGUGCCCCCCUCGCUGAUCUUGUAUCUGAAUGACACCAGUGCUCAGGCCUAUCACGGGGGACAUUCCCUUCACUCUGCCAGGAGGCCUCCGCCGAGUCCCAAGCCCGAGAAAAGCGUGGGUGUCCAUCCCGUGGCCGAAGAGGCCGCGGAGGGCGAGCGGUCAGCCAGGCACCGGCGGGGGCAGGAGGCCAUCGGCUCGGAUGCCAAGAAGCCGCCGCUUCCAGCUUCCUUCAACCUGAGCGAGUACUUCAAACAGUUUCUCUUCCCCCAAAACGAGUGUGAGCUCCACGACUUCAGGCUCAGCUUCAGCCAGCUCAAGUGGGACAACUGGAUCGUGGCCCCGCACAGGUACAACCCUCGGUACUGCAAAGGGGACUGUCCCCGGGCUGUGAGGCACCGCUACGGCUCGCCGGUCCACACCAUGGUGCAGAACAUCAUCUACGAGAAACUCGACUCAUCGGUGCCCAGGCCCUCGUGUGUCCCUGGCAAAUACAGCCCCUUGAGCGUCCUGACCAUUGAACCCGAUGGCUCCAUUGCUUACAAAGAGUACGAAGACAUGAUAGCCACCAAGUGCACCUGCCGUUAG